GAGGAGUUGAUGUGUCUCAUUAUAACAGCCAAUGCAGCCGCCAUCCACGCACAAGCAAAGAAGCAUGUCCCAUUUAAAUACACCCACGCAGCCCCAGCGCCCUUAGCCGAUCGGGGCGCUCAGCCCACACGCACCGCUGCUCGGGGCUUGGAGAUCCGCGCAGGUUGGGCUCCCGGACCCGGCGGACCGACGCGCGGAGGAUCGGGAUCCGGCGCUGUGGGGCUGGGGUGGGCGGGGGAGGCUGGGCCCGGGGCCUCUGGCGCGACACCCGCAUGAGGACGCGAGUGAAAUAGACCAAGGUGGAAUUUCCAAGGGAAAAGCUUCGGGGUGGUUUUGGUCCAUUUCUCCAGCGAAGAAGUAGACAUGGCGAGCGACUCCCCGGCUCGAAGCCUGGAUGAAAUAGAUCUCUCGGCUCUGAGGGACCCCGCAGGGAUCUUUGAAUUGGUGGAACUUGUUGGAAAUGGAACAUACGGGCAAGUUUAUAAGGGUCGUCAUGUCAAAACGGGCCAGCUUGCAGCCAUUAAGGUUAUGGAUGUCACAGGGGAUGAAGAGGAAGAAAUCAAACAAGAAAUUAACAUGUUGAAGAAAUAUUCUCAUCACCGGAAUAUUGCUACAUACUAUGGUGCUUUUAUCAAAAAGAACCCACCAGGCAUGGAUGACCAACUUUGGUUGGUGAUGGAGUUUUGUGGUGCUGGCUCUGUCACCGACCUGAUCAAGAACACGAAAGGUAACACGUUGAAAGAGGAGUGGAUUGCAUACAUCUGCAGGGAAAUCUUACGGGGGCUGAGUCACCUGCACCAGCAUAAAGUGAUUCAUCGAGAUAUUAAAGGGCAAAAUGUCUUGCUGACUGAAAAUGCAGAAGUUAAACUAGUGGACUUUGGAGUCAGUGCUCAGCUUGAUCGAACAGUGGGCAGGAGGAAUACUUUCAUUGGAACUCCCUACUGGAUGGCACCAGAAGUUAUUGCCUGUGAUGAAAACCCAGAUGCCACAUAUGAUUUCAAGAGUGACUUGUGGUCUUUGGGUAUCACCGCCAUUGAAAUGGCAGAAGGUGCUCCCCCUCUCUGUGACAUGCACCCUAUGAGAGCUCUCUUCCUCAUCCCCCGGAACCCAGCGCCUCGGCUGAAGUCUAAGAAGUGGUCAAAAAAAUUCCAGUCAUUUAUUGAGAGCUGCUUGGUAAAGAAUCACAGCCAGCGACCAGCAACAGAACAAUUGAUGAAGCAUCCAUUUAUACGAGACCAACCUAAUGAGCGACAGGUCCGCAUUCAACUCAAGGACCAUAUUGAUAGAACAAAGAAGAAGCGAGGAGAAAAAGAUGAGACAGAGUAUGAGUACAGCGGAAGCGAGGAAGAAGAGGAGGAGAAUGACUCAGGAGAGCCCAGCUCCAUCCUGAAUCUGCCAGGGGAGUCGACGCUGCGGAGGGACUUUCUGAGGCUGCAGCUGGCCAACAAGGAGCGUUCUGAGGCCCUACGGAGGCAGCAGCUGGAGCAGCAGCAGCGGGAGAAUGAGGAGCACAAGCGGCAGCUGCUGGCCGAGCGUCAGAAGCGCAUUGAGGAGCAGAAGGAGCAGAGGCGGCGGCUGGAGGAGCAACAAAGGCGAGAGAAGGAGCUGCGGAAGCAGCAGGAGAGGGAGCAGCGCCGGCACUAUGAGGAGCAGAUGCGCCGGGAGGAGGAGAGGAGGCGUGCGGAGCAUGAACAGGAAUACAUCAGGCGACAGUUAGAGGAGGAGCAGAGACAGUUAGAGAUCUUGCAGCAGCAGCUACUGCAUGAACAAGCUCUACUUCUGGAAUAUAAGCGCAAACAAUUGGAAGAACAGAGACAAGCAGAAAGACUGCAGAGGCAGCUAAAGCAAGAAAGAGACUACUUAGUUUCCCUUCAGCAUCAGCGGCAGGAGCAGAGGCCUGUGGAGAAGAAGCCACUGUACCAUUACAAAGAAGGAAUGAGUCCUAGUGAGAAGCCAGCAUGGGCCAAGGAGGUAGAAGAACGGUCAAGGCUCAACCGGCAAAGUUCCCCUGCCAUGCCUCACAAGGUUGCCAACAGGAUAUCUGACCCCAACCUGCCCCCAAGGUCGGAGUCCUUCAGCAUUAGUGGAGUUCAGCCUGCUCGAACACCCCCCAUGCUCAGACCAGUCGAUCCCCAGAUCCCACAUCUGGUAGCUGUAAAAUCCCAGGGACCUGCCUUGACCGCCUCCCAGUCAGUGCACGAGCAGCCCACAAAGGGCCUCUCUGGGUUUCAGGAGGCUCUGAACGUGACCUCCCACCGCGUGGAGAUGCCACGCCAGAACUCAGAUCCCACCUCUGAAAACCCUCCUCUCCCCACUCGCAUUGAAAAGUUUGACCGAAGCUCUUGGUUACGACAGGAAGAAGACAUUCCACCAAAGGUGCCUCAAAGAACAACUUCUAUAUCCCCAGCAUUAGCCAGAAAGAAUUCUCCUGGGAAUGGUAGUGCUCUGGGACCCAGACUAGGAUCUCAACCCAUCAGAGCAAGCAACCCUGAUCUCCGGAGAACUGAGCCCAUCUUGGAGAGCCCCUUGCAGAGGACCAGCAGUGGCAGUUCCUCCAGCUCCAGCACCCCUAGCUCCCAGCCCAGCUCGCAAGGAGGCUCCCAGCCUGGAUCACAAGCAGGAUCCAGUGAACGCACCAGAGUUCGAGCCAACAGUAAGUCAGAAGGAUCACCUGUGCUCCCCCAUGAGCCUGCCAAGGUGAAACCAGAAGAACCCAGGGACAUUACCCGGCCCAGUCGACCAGCUAGCUAUAAAAAAGCUAUAGAUGAGGAUCUGACGGCAUUAGCCAAAGAACUAAGAGAACUCCGGAUUGAAGAAACAAACCGCCCAAUGAAGAAGGUGACUGAUUACUCCUCCUCCAGUGAAGAGUCAGAAAGUAGCGAGGAAGAGGAGGAAGAUGGAGAGAGCGAGACCCAUGAUGGGACAGUGGCUGUCAGCGACAUACCCAGACUGAUACCAACAGGAGCUCCAGGGAGCAACGAACAGUACAAUGUGGGAAUGGUGGGGACGCAUGGGCUGGAGACCUCUCACGCAGACACUUUCAGCGGCAGUAUUUCAAGAGAAGGAACCUUGAUGAUUAGAGAGACGUCUGGAGAAAAGAAGCGAUCUGGCCACAGUGACAGCAAUGGCUUUGCUGGCCACAUCAACCUCCCUGACCUGGUGCAGCAGAGCCAUUCUCCAGCUGGAACCCCAACUGAGGGACUGGGGCGCGUCUCAACCCAUUCCCAGGAGAUGGACUCUGGGACUGAAUAUGGCAUGGGGAGCAGCACCAAAGCCUCCUUUACCCCCUUUGUGGACCCCAGAGUAUACCAGACGUCUCCCACUGAUGAAGAUGAAGAGGAUGAGGAAUCAUCAGCCGCAGCUCUGUUUACUAGCGAACUUCUUAGGCAAGAACAGGCCAAACUCAAUGAAGCAAGAAAGAUUUCGGUGGUAAAUGUAAACCCAACCAACAUUCGGCCUCAUAGCGACACACCAGAAAUCAGAAAAUACAAGAAACGAUUCAACUCAGAAAUACUUUGUGCAGCUCUGUGGGGUGUAAACCUUCUGGUGGGGACUGAAAAUGGCCUGAUGCUUUUGGACCGAAGUGGGCAAGGCAAAGUCUAUAAUCUGAUCAACCGAAGGCGAUUUCAGCAGAUGGAUGUGCUAGAGGGACUGAAUGUCCUUGUGACAAUUUCAGGAAAGAAGAAUAAGCUACGAGUUUACUAUCUUUCAUGGUUAAGAAACAGAAUACUACAUAAUGACCCAGAAGUAGAAAAGAAACAAGGCUGGAUCACUGUUGGGGACUUGGAAGGCUGUAUACAUUAUAAAGUUGUUAAAUAUGAAAGGAUCAAAUUUUUGGUGAUUGCAUUAAAGAAUGCUGUGGAAAUAUAUGCUUGGGCUCCUAAACCAUAUCAUAAAUUCAUGGCAUUUAAGUCUUUUGCAGAUCUGCAGCACAAGCCUCUGCUAGUUGAUCUCACAGUAGAAGAAGGUCAAAGAUUAAAGGUUAUUUUUGGUUCACACACUGGUUUCCACGUAAUUGAUGUUGAUUCAGGAAACUCUUAUGAUAUCUACAUACCAUCUCAUAUUCAGGGCAAUAUCACUCCUCAUGCUAUUGUCAUCUUGCCUAAAACAGAUGGAAUGGAAAUGCUUGUUUGCUAUGAGGAUGAGGGGGUGUAUGUAAACACCUAUGGCCGGAUAACUAAGGAUGUGGUGCUCCAAUGGGGAGAAAUGCCCACGUCUGUGGCCUACAUUCAUUCCAAUCAGAUAAUGGGCUGGGGCGAGAAAGCUAUUGAGAUCCGGUCAGUGGAAACAGGACAUUUGGAUGGAGUAUUUAUGCAUAAGCGAGCUCAAAGGUUAAAGUUUCUAUGUGAAAGAAAUGAUAAGGUAUUUUUUGCAUCCGUGCGAUCUGGAGGAAGUAGCCAAGUGUUUUUCAUGACCCUCAACAGAAAUUCCAUGAUGAACUGGUAACAGAAGAGCACUUGGCACUUAUCUUCAUGGCGUUAUUUCUAAUUUAAAAGAACAUAACUCAUGUGGACUUAUGCCAGUCUAGAGGCAGAAUCAGAAGGCUUGGUUGAACAUAUCGCUUUCCCCUUUUCCUCUCCCUCCACCCCUCCCAAUACAGUCCAUCUUUCAAUGUUGCAGCCUGGUUGAGAAGGAGAGAAAAAGGUGGCAGGAAUUUCCAGGAGAUCCCCAAGAAUGCUGCCUUGUCUAUGGACAAAGAUGGACCAUGUGCCCUUCGGAGUUAGGGAUAGAAACAAAUAUUGUGUGCUCUUAACGAUUAAGCUGUGUUACGGUGGGUUUUCAGGUAUUUACCUUUUUUCUUUACCCCUUUACUCUGUAAGAAUGGGGAAAGAAUGCAAACUGAGAAAAUGAGUCUGUUUUUAAUUCUGUCUGCCUACUAGUUUUAAGUAUAUGGUAUGUUGUAGAAUUUCCAAUUUCCAGUGACGAGAGACAGCACAAUAAAUGUACCUUAUCUCCUUAGGCUGAAGGCCAUAACUACAUAGUGGAGUGAUUUAAGAACUCUCUUGCCUUCACCAACCCAAAAGGUUGCUUUUUGAUAGCAACCGGCUAAUGAAUUUUUAAAAAGAGAAGAAAAAUACUAGUUUUCCCCUCUUUUGGGAAAUAGAUUUUAAAUGGCUAAACUACUAGCCUUAAAACUACUAGUCUAAUAAAAUCAACUACCACUUUUGUGAAUCUGACAGGCCAUAUUUUUAUAUGGCCCUUUACAGAAUGGAGUGUGUUGAAUAGGAUACUAAUGCCAUUGAGUUGAGCUGGCCUAGUGAUUGAGGGACUCUCUAACACAACUUUCCCUCAGCUAUUAUGCAACAGAUGAGGGCAAAAAGAUGGGAUGACAGAUGGGGUCAGACAGAAAGAGCUUCUGGGAAACAAGCUUACAUAGUCUUUUUUAAAAUGCACAAAGCCUCCCGGCUAAGAGGUCACUUGGUUUGGGCUUCAUUAGGACUGAGACUUUGUUGAGUUCUUGCUGGGACUUGGGGAGUGGAUGAUAUUCAGGCUCUGAACAUUCCCAGCUCUCUCCUGAGGGUGCCACUUUCUCAAGAUGAAAACUGUGACUGAAAAAUUAAUAAUAAAUGUUUCUGAGCUGCCUGUGUUCUCCCUGGGUGGGUGAGAGAAGGGACUAGACUCCUAAGCCUGCCUCAGAUACAGGAGGCAUCAUUGGCUCCAAUUUUAGAGAACUUGAAAGCAAGGCUUUGGACAAAAUUUUGAGACCCUAAUCACUUUACCUUCCUCCAAAUUACCCAACAUACGGUAAACAACAUUUGUGCAAAAAUAUGUAUGUAUUUAGUUCAGGUUGACUUGUGUCCUUAUAAACUCUUACUCAAAUGAUUUGAACUUUUACGCGACUGGGAUUUUUUUUUCCAAAGCUACAAGCAUGGCCGCCUGUGGUAUCGAGGUGUUGCAAACAAUAUCUGUGUUGCGCUUCCUGUUUUAACCUACCUCGUUUUGUUUGUUUUUGUUUCACUGUUCAUCACAGCAGUGUUAUCUCCAGGAGACAUAUAGAGAGCUCAACUGGCAAUCUCAGGUGCAUUUAACAUUUUUAAAACGAAACAGUAGUUGACCAAAUUUUUCUUCUUAAAAAAUUGGAGGUGGGGUGAAUCCAAUGACAAAAACUAAUGUGGCUUGUUUCUGGAGAAAAUAAUUACUGUAAACGGAUCAAAAAAAAAAAAAACUAUGAUCCUACUGAUUUUGCCUAAAUACACGAGCAGCUGAUGUACUAUUAAUGAGAACGAAAUACACAUUAGGAAAAUGGAGCCAUUUCAAUCUAGUGGUUUGGGCAAGAUGGGGAAGAGAAGGGGAAACAUUCUAGAUUCUGGAUUACAUUAUUAUGCCCCUCCUUAAAAGGUGGUUGUCAUUUGCAUUUAUUUAAAGCGGGCAAUAUGCAGGAAUGUAACUGAGGAUUAUCUUCAGGCAAUCAGCAAGAUAUCCUCCUCAUGGUCCCUUUAGCUCUCAAAAGCAAUGAAAUCCUCCUGUUCUCAUUUUUACUGCUGUGGUUGUGCUGCUGAACAAUACUAUCUUCUCAAAUUCCAUGCCACAAAUUCAGCAAUAACUUUUUGGAUUGAAUUUAACAACUACUGUAAUUGGAUGCUGAUGUGGACAAAAUAUAUUGAUUUCAAUUUCACUCCCGAAUGUGAUUGCCACCAGCUCUUUAUAUUGCUGCUGUGGUAUUUUAAACCAGAAGCUUCUUUAAAUUAUGUUGCAAACUGAUCUUUGUUUUUAUGUUUUGUUUUGUUUUUAUUUCUAAGUGAUAAGUUUGAAACACACAGCUUUAAAUGAUUUUUUUAUUGUGGGAUUUUGGGUACAGUUAAGAAAUAAAAGGGAAUCAUUGUGUUUAAACAUAAGGUAGUUUGUGAAUGUAUUUUUUAAAAUCUAGAUUCAUUGAAACAAAUCAUAAGAAAACAAUAUUAAUGCAGUCUUGUUUACAGUAUGUACAGUGACAUAACAUAGAACAUGAGCUUUUCUGGUGCCAACAACAAUAAAACACAGACGUUAAACAUCAAGCCAUGCCUUUUAUAUUUUUGUACUAAUAUUUUACACUGAGUACAAGGCAAAUCCAAAUUUAAAUGGGCCCCCCAGAAAUCUGUGCUCUUUAAAAGAUAGAUAUUUAAAGAAUUCAAUGAAGCUUUUAUCUUCAAAAAUAAAUUUUCCUCCAGCAAGACAGACCCCAGCCCUGACAUAAGGAGGCCCAGAACAUGCAGAAUACGUCAGAAUGGUGUCCUUGUGGCUCAUCCAAACUUUCUGAAUUGCCUUAAUUCUUUUUGGGGGUAGGGGAGGAAUGGUUGCUUUUCAUCCAUUUUUAUAGCAUCUCAACAAAAAAUUCUUUAGUUGUGAUCUUUUUAUAGGUGAUUUUGUCUCUAGAAAUUGGCUCAUUUUAUUUUUAUUUUCCUACAAACAGAAACUGGAGAAACUGAGCCCUCCCCUCAGAGUAAGUUUCACUAGAUCUGCCAGUUCUUACUGCUGUAAAUUAACAAUCAUCCGGUAAAAUCUACUGAGCCUGCCCACACCAUAGUCUGGGUCUGGGCUCUGACAGGUGACCAUCAUUCCUGGGUGCCAGUGAAGGAUACUGUAGCAUGGAUUCCUGCAUCCAGUGGUGGUAGGAAUGGAUGACCUGUGAAGUUCCCUCAAAUAAUGAGGCUCUUCCCCCUGUCAGUUCCAGCCAGACCACUGUCAUAACACACAAUGCAAAUGAAGACAGCUUUCACUAAGUUCCACAUAAAAUCGAACAGCUCUAUUUUAGAUAGAUAGAUCUCAUUAUUUUUUCUUGGAGACUUCUAAACAAUCCUUCAAGAAGACCUAGAACUAUUAUUUUUAUUAAACAGGGUAUAUUAAGUUAUGGGUGAAAUCUCACAAGGUCACCUGGACAGGGGCUCCAUUUUUCUAACACUUUGACAUUGUUUUCUAGGGUGCACUCCUAAUAUACUUUGCAUCAAGUACAUGUUUUUUAAAAACACCUUAGUUCCUGGUUGUCAAAACCUACUAACAAUUUUUUGUCUGUUCUUGUGACUCAUUGGUAAUUGGUGUCUCUGGUCCCUCCUGUCCAGUAGAUUAUUAGAAAGAUGUGAAAUUCAAGCCAGAACCAUUCGCUGCCAGAAAAGGAAGUGGCUAAAGUCUCACAUUCCACGAAGUUUUAAAAAAAAAAAAUGCUUUUCCUACUAUUACGUGUACCAGUUCCCGUCACUGUAUUCUUGAAACGUGGAAGAGCUCUUUGUGUUAACAGUGUGUGCUGUCUUUGAAAGUCUGCUUGAACAGGCAUCACUUGCAUUUGUGCUGAUUGCUUUAAGAUGUAAGAUGUGCUACAUUAUUUUUAAGAAAGAAGAUAGUUAUUGAUAAAACUUUAAUUUUAACCUACUGCAGGAAAACAUGAGAAAAUCCACAGCAUGCUGAUAACAAUUCUGAAUGACGCUACUAUGCUCUUUAUAUUCCAGAAUCACCACUGAUAACCAUGUUCUGAUCAUUUCAACAGUCUCUAACUUGUUAGUUACCUUUUAGUUCAUUCUUCAAAAUUUAAAUCUAACCAAAUCAAGCAAAACAUAACCAACCAACCAAAAACUGACCUCCCCUGAGACUACAUAGUUGUAACGUAAAUCUAAUAUCCAAAAGUCUAAAUUUGAUUUAAUUUACCUAAUAUUUCUCAUAAAUGCCACUGUAUCUCCUUGGUCACUAUGUAUCAGGAACCCUAAAGUAAGCUGUCCUUUCAUGGAUCUUAAAUAAAUUGGGUAUAAAAUUGAUCACUUUUCAGGAGUCCCAGCAAAGAAGAAAACCUCUCGAGAAUUUGCAAGUUCAAAACUGACAAUUUGUAUAUUCCUACCAAACAUUUUUUAUUUCUACACCAUUAUUCUGGGAAUUCUUCCAUUGAUAACUAGAAUAUUCAACAAUUUGCUUAGCAUUAAACAGUGUGAGAUCAUAACCCUGUGCUUUGGACUUUAUUCUUCUAGACCUGCCAUUCCAGGAAGUGCUAGAAUAUACUAAAAUAAAAAUCCCCAUAAAAGCACUUUUAAACAAAAAUCCCUGGGUAAUGUUUGAGUUAUUUUAAAUCCAGAUCAAAAUCUUGGACUCUUCUGAGUCCAUGAUGACAAAUGUUUGGAUGAAAAGUAGAAAACACAGUUAAAAAUAAAAAUGUCCUAAAGUUUACAGAUUUUUGAGUUUGUGUACAUAUCUUCAAACUCACUCCUUGCAUGAUAGGGCUUGGUUUUAAUGGUUUAUUUUUAUCAGCACCAAGUUGCAUUGCACUAUUGAGGCUGAGCAAAUGCUGGUGGAAAGGUGAGUUUUCAUUUCCGGCAAUGGAUCAUUAUUUGUACAUCGUAAAUAUCAUGCCCAGCUACCCCUUUCCCUUAUCUCUUCCCCUGGGAUAAGUGUUAAGAAAUAGUAAUACUUAUUAUGGUAUAUUUAAGAAACCUUGGCCAUUACCCUGAAUCAAAACUUCAAAUGUUAGGUGGCAGCAGGAAACAAAAGAUUACAGCUUGAAUGAAUUUUUAAAAUUGAAUGUUAUAAAACUAUUUUUGAACGUUUUAGCUGCCUUAUUUAUGUUAAUAUAACUGUAGAGAGAUGCCAAAUGUAUAAUAUCAGAAGGGAAAACUACGAUUUUGCUGUGCCUACAAUUGUUUACCUUUUUUAAAUCUUCAGUUUUCAAAAGUAUUUUAAAUUGUCAAAAAUUUGCUAAAACUGGAUUAUAACCUCACCUGAGAAUGAGAGAAGAAAAUCUUCCUGGCAUAUUUUCCAGUCUGAAACUUUUGGUUACUUUCGGGUAUUUUUUUUCUUGCAUACAAAAAUCAUUGAGAAAGUACUUUCUACAGUUAUUCCAAGCAGUCAUUAAAAAUGAUUUGAUAGGUUUCCCCACAUGGUCACUACUAUGCCCUGGAAUAUCAUAUGCUAUCUUUGUCAAAAUAUGAAUAAUAAAACAUUAAUAGUAGGAUGCCUCCUUGUUCCUCAUUGCCACUUCCAAACUAUUCUUCCUUCCUCCUCCUGAACACUCAUUGUUUUGAAGCUGUUGACAUCAGCCUCUCAAGUCCCUACAUUACCCUCUUUUACUCCUUCUCAUUGCUCAAGAAUUUUAGAUUUUGGCUCACUGUUGCUCUCUUUACCACCACCCUGUCAUCAUUCUUGAUUAUUUCAAUAUCCACUUAGACAGUCCUACAAAUACCCUGGUUUCUCAGUUCCCUGAUCUUGACCAGUGAAACUUAACAUUACUAAUUACUGCAUCAGCUCCUUAAGUGAUAGCAGACAAUUCUUAUUUGCUCUAGGUAAAUCCCAUUCAACCUCAUCAAAUAAAGAUCAUUGCCCCAGAAACUGACUCCUCUCUUCUGCAUCCCCUAUUCUAUUCUAUUUCACUGUAUUUUGAGUUUCAUUGUAUUCUGCAGUGAUCUCGCUGUGUUCUGUAUGCUGCAGUAUCUCCAGUCUUAAACACCCUCCUUGGCUCCAUUACCCUCUCUAAGUGAAUCGGCCCAAUAGUCCCAUAGACAGUUGUUUUUGGAUAAACAUAGAAAUUGACCCUUUUGCUGUUAAAGCUAGAAACUUGUAUUUGUUUUUCUUCAGGCCUCUCAAAAAAGUAUCAAAGAACUGGAACUCACCAGAUCAUAGCACCAGAUGCCCUCUUGCCCCUCCCUAGUUCCUGUUUUCUUACACAUUGUUACAUUUCUUCCCUGCUAUAUAAAUGCCUAGUUUUGGUCAGUCAGGGAGAUGGAUUUGAGACUGAGCUCCCAUCUCCUUGGCCGCAACACCCGACCAAAACAAAACCUACUUUCUUGGCAAUACUUGUCAUCUCAGUGAUUGGCUUUCUGUGUGGCAGGCAGCAGGACCUAAACCAAACCUAGUGUUUUGGUAACGUAACUACCAUCUUAUUUAUCUGCUUCUCUUCACAGAAAAACUCUCAAGGGGGAACUGUGUAUACUUACUGUCCUAAAUUUCUCUCCUCUCUUGGUCUUUUGAACCAACUCAAAUGAGGCUUUCAUCUCUACCACAGCAGCUCUUGCGAAGGACACCAGUGACCUCCAUGCUUUCAAAUGCAAUGGUUACAUCUCUGGCUUCAUACUGCUUAUCUGCAGUCUUUGACACAGUUAAUAAUUACCUCCUUCUUGAAAUGCUUUCUCAGCUCUGGGGCAUCUUUCUCAUGUUCUCUCACUUUUCUGGCCACUGCUUCUCUCUUUUUCUUUUUUUUUUUUUUUUUUUUUUUUGAGACGGAGUCUCGCUCUGUUGCCCAGGCUGGAGUGCAGUGGUGCAAUCUCGGCUCACUGCAAGCUCCGCCUCCCGGGUUCACGCCAUUCUCCUGCCUCAGCCUCUCUGAGUAGCUGGGACUACAGGCGCCCGCCACCACGCCCGGCUAAUUUUUUGUAUUUUUAGUAGAGACGGGGUUUCUCAAUCUCCUUGGCUGACUUCUUGGAGUGCCCCAGUCCUGGGCAUCCCCCUCUAAGUGAUCUCUCCCAGUCUUGGGGCUUUAAAAACUAUACACUUACAACACCCACAUUUUAAUCUCCAGACCCAACCUUUUUCCUGAAUGCCAAAUAAAUUUGGCAUACAAUUUAUUAUUUAACUAAUUUCCUAUGAAGCACCUUCAUUUGGAUGUGUCAUUGACAUCUCAAACUUGACAUGUUCACCCAUCAAUACACAGUAGUCCUCUCUUAUUCAUGGUUUCAUUUUCCUUGGUUUCAGUUACCUGUGAUUAUCUGCAGUCUAAAAAUAUUAAAUUGAAAAUUCCAGAAAUAAUUCCUAAGUUUUAAAUUGUGCACCAUUCUGAAUAGUGUAAUGCAAUCUUGCUCCAUCCUGCUACAUCCCACUCAGGACAUGAAUCAUCCCUUUGUCCAGCAUAUCCAUGCUGUAAACAUCACCUUGUCCUUAGUCACUUUGUAGCCAUCUUGGUUAUCAGAUAGACUGUCAUGGUAUCACCAUGCGUGUGUUCAAGUAACCCUUAUUUUACUUAAUAAUGGCCCCAAAGUGCAAGAGUACUGUGCCUAAUUUAUACAUUAAACUUUAUCAGAAGUAUGGAUAGGAAAAAAAUAGUAUGUAUAGGGUUCAGUAUUAUCCACAGUUUCUGGCAUCCACAGUGGGUCUUCAAACUCCCCCUCAGAUAAGGGGGUACUACUGAACUCCCAUUGCAAUCCUCCCUGUGCCAGUAAAUGGCAGCUCUAUUCCUUCACACCAGAAAAUCUUGUUAUCCUUUAUUUUUUGCUUUCACGUACCACAUCGAAUCCAUUUCUUUUUUAAUCCCGUUUUCCCUAGUUUCAGAAUAUAUCCACAACCCACUCUGGGUCCAAGCCACUUCUUGCCAUCUCUGAGAUGAUGGUGUUAAAACAUAUACCAGGUUAUGCUACUUUUCUGCUAAAGUCCCUCAAUGCCUUCCCAUCUCACCUGGAAUGUCAACAUCCUUACAGUGGCCUAUAAGGGCAUUGUAAUAAUCUGUCCUACAUUUGGCCCUAACUCAGCUGCCACUGCCACUUCUCUGACCUCAUCUACUAUUUCUUUUGUCACUUUGCUAAAGUCACACUGGCCUUGCUUCACCCAGAACACCCUCAAAGCAUGUUCUGUCUCAGAGUCUUAUGCCCUUGCUGUCUCGGUCUCAAAACUUCCCCCAUAUGCCUACAUGGCUGACUCCCUCCCUUCAGGUCUCUGUACAAAUAUUCCUUUACUGUCAGAGACCUGUAUCAAAUAACUUCUCAUUCCCCCACUCAUUUUCUGCUUCAUUGCCUGUCGUAGUACUUAUCACCAUAUACUUUGCUUACUGGUCCGUCUCCAGUGCUUUGAAGAAUGCUUGGCAAAUGUAGUCACUCUAAAUAUCUGUUGGAUGAAAGAAUGAAUGAAAAUAAUAACAGAGCUUUGGAAUUUUUUAAAGGGUAAAAAACUAUAUGAUUAAUUUCAGUUUCAAAAAAAUACACUGUCUCCAAAGUUUAUAUCAUAAAAGCAUAGGUUUGAUGUCAUAUAGAAAAUAGAAAACCCUAUAGAUUUUCUUUCCUGGAAGGCGAUUGUGGAUGGAAGACACCAGGCUAUGACCCUGGCUAUACUUUCUUGCUCCAUGAAUCAUCUUAACAGGCCAAGUUGCAGGACUGUAAGAGGGACUGUCAUAUAGAACCAUGAGAAAAGCAGUAUUUCAAAACUCUUACAUUUUUACAGAUAAUGAUCCAUUUUAAGCUAUUGGCAUUGCAAUAAAUGCAGAGUUAUUGGAUGUGGGUGGGGAUUCUGAAUUUUGUUUUCUGGUCUAAAUGUUAAAAAAAACCAUAACAAUUUUUUUUUCUGAAACAAGAAAUAAACAACAGUGAAAGUAUCCUCCUGCCAAAUGCAGCUUGAAGACAGCCUAAUGACAUUUGGGUCUUAACAAUCUUCCAAGGACAACAAUUCUGCCUCCCUGGGAAGCCUCUAACAUCUGUAUAUAUUCAGCUCCACUGAAUGUUGCAUGAAGUUUCGUUGUAGAAAAUUGACACAUGCCUUCUGAUUAAUCUAUUGUUUCACUCAGUCUUGUAAAGGGCACACCCUGUAGUUUCCAUUUGUUCAUGUAUUUUCCUGCUCACUUAAUAAAUCUUUUUAAAAAAUAAAGAAGGAAGAUAAUGAAAUGAUGUCAUAUGAAGCAAUAUAACAGUGAAAGAUUUUUUUUUGGUCCUCAUUACUUUUUGUGUCUUUUCACAAAUCUGUUCAGAUUAAGGACAGUGUGUAAUUCAUGCUAAAUAGCCAGGAUCAAGGUCUUCACCUUUCCAGGACCAAAAGUAUUUUGGAGUUCUAUGGUGCUUAGUUACAGAUUCCUGAGGUCCUCUUGAAAAAUGCAGGACAUUAGUUUCAGGGAUAGAUGGAAAAUAUGAAAAAGAUGCUAAGAAAUGGGACAAGGUGUCACAGUCAUUGUGAACAAUCUAGAUUAUCACAAACUCCAGUUAAGAUAUAAAAACAUUUUCAAAGUGAGUUCUCUAUAUGUGAAAAAAAAAUAUUUUAGUGUUGGUUUUCUUUAAAAUUGUAAGUCAACAGCUUAAAUAAGUUUUUAUAUUUUCAUAAGCAACUAAAUCCAUGUUCUAUGACAAUAACAAUUUAAUAUAGGAUUAUCUCCCCCCAAAAAUUAGUCAUCUUCAUUUCCAAAGUUCAGUGUUAAUUUACCCAUAAAGUCAUGAGGGCAGGGGUCAGCAGCAUCACGGUCUGACGAACAUUUUCAGCAUUGUGCCCAGUGCUCCAUGGAUCUCAGGUUAUCUUUUAUUAUUAAACCCAUUUAAUAAGAGAGAUGGCAGUUGAAAAAUUGAAGGAUUUAGAGCUAGAAGCCAUCACUGGAGCAAAAAGAAACAGCAUAGCCUUCAGGUCAACUUGAUACUCUUCCCCCAUCUCAUUCCUUCUCACUAGAAUAGCCAUUCCUAAUUGGAAGCCUAGCCAGUUCAGGCCAAAGUUAUCAUUAGUCCAAGGAAAAAUGACCAAAAAGGACAGCAUAGUGAGUUUUCUAUAAAAGCUCAUUUAAAGAUCGUCUUAUUUGGAGAUGGUGUGCCCUCAUUUUAGUGUUACAAUGUAUUUGAGAGCUGAUUCUGAUAAUAAAUGGCUAUUUUAUUAAA